AAGAAGCACAGCACAUGCUGCACCUCAUCCAUCGCUUUGCAAGGCCUUACAUCCACACUGGUGAAAAACAAAACAGAACAAAAUACAAAAACAAGGAGAUAAGCAUCCGACCAAAAUGGCUCAGCCCGAUGAAUUGGAAGCUCUCACCAAGGCCUUCUCAGGACACGGAGUCGAUGAGAAGUCGCUGAUCACAAUACUGGGGAAUUCACACCUGGAGAAGAGGCAGGCCUUCCGGAAAUCCACUCCCCAUUUCUUCAAGGAGGAUGAGAGGCUCUUCGAGCGCUGGGACGAUCACAGGGUCAAGCUCCUCAAGCACGAAUUCAUGCGUUUUAAGAAUGCGAUCGUGCUCUGGGCAAUGCAUCCUUGGGAAAGAGACGCUCGGUUGAUCAAGGAGGCACUAAAAAAGGGAUCCCACACCUACAACGUGAUCAUCGAAGUCGCCUGCACCCGAUCCUCGGAAGAGCUGCUGGGAGCAAGAAGAGCCUACCACUCCCUCUUCGACCACUCGAUCGAAGAAGAUGUCGCCUCCCAUGUGCACGGUCCCGAGCGAAAGCUAUUGGUGGCCCUGGUGAGUGCCUACAGAUACGAAGGCUCGAAGCUGAAGGAGGACACUGCAAAAUCCGAGGCGAAGGCAUUGUUCAAUGCAGUAAAAAAUGCCGAUCACAGAAAGCCAGUUGAAGAUGAAGAGGUCAUCAGGAUACUGACAACAAGGAGCAAGCCCCACCUCAGGGCAGUCUAUAAGCACUACAAUGAGAUCAGUGGCAACAACUUUGAUGAAGAUGUUCAGAUUGAUCUGAAAAUGCAAGAAACAGUCCAAUGCCUGUGUACACCGGAGAGAUACUUCAGCCAGGUUUUGGACUCAGCGCUGAAGAUUGACGCUCACAAGAGCACGAAGAAGGCACUGACAAGAGUCGUAGUAACCAGAGCCGAUGUCGAUAUCAAGGAGAUCAGGGAAGAAUUCAACCGCAUCUACGGGGUUUCACUGACCGAGAAGAUAGAGCAAGCGGCUAAUGGGAACUAUAGAGAUUUAUUGCUCACUUUGAUAUCUAAGGAUGCAUAAACGACCGGAGAGCGCGACUACAUGCCGUUAGAGAAUGUGAAUCGAUUGAGAUUGUUUCCGCUCCAUUUCGUUUCUACCAUUUUCCGUUGAUUGUAUGUCCAUGCACAUGUCUCAUUCUAUCUGUCUUGCACUACAAUAACUAGAGAGUCAAUGAACGUCCAGGCUUUACUUUUAUCUUUGAAUAAAAUUAUAAAAUUUACAUGUUAUAUUA